GCCGGCCUUGGCUUCGCGCGUGGGCUGGCGUUGCUGACGCCUAGUUGUCCCACGGUGACCAGCGGGCCACCGGCCGCGAUCCCCGCAGGGCUUUGAACUUGGCCGCGUUGUCUGGCCUCAGAGAAGAAACGCGUCUCUCGCAGGCCUUGCCAGGGUUGCUGCCUUCGCAAACGGAAGACUGGCCCAGUACCAGCCACACACGGCCUGGAAUUUCCCAAGAGGUCUCAUGUCAAGACUUUCUAAAGGACCAGAACCGUGUGGACUUCUGCACGGGACACUGCACUGGCCUGAGUCCGAGGGAAAGGAUAAUGUGUGCCCAGCCUGUAACUGACACCCCCGAGACCAGGUGGCAGAAGGUCCUGUAUGAGCGACAGCCCUUCCCCGACAACUACGUGGACCAGCGGUUCCUGGAGGAACUCCGGAAGAACAUCCACGCCCGCAAGUACCAGUACUGGGCUGUGGUAUUUGAGUCCAGCGUGGUGAUCCAGCAGCUGUGCAGUGUCUGUGUUUUUGGAGUCAUCUGGUGGUAUAUGGACCAGGGUCUUCUGGCCCCCCAUUGGCUUUUUGGGACUGGCCUGGCUUUGUCCCUGAUUGGCUAUGUUUUGUUCGACCUCCUGGAUGGAGGCGAAGGACGGAGGAAGAGCGGGCGGACCCGGUGGGCGGACCUCAAGAGCGCCCUGGUCUUCAUCACGUUCACGUACGGGUUUUCCCCGGUGCUGAAGACGCUGACCGAGUCCGUCAGCACCGACACCAUCUACGCUAUGUCGGUGUUCAUGCUCCUAGGCCACCUCAUCUUCUUCGACUACGGCGCCAAUGCUGCCAUUGUGUCCAGCGCCCUGUCCUUGAACAUGGCCAUCUUCGCCUCCGUCUGCCUGGCCUCACGCCUGCCGCGCUCCCUGCAUGCCUUCAUCAUGGUGACGUUCGCCAUCCAGAUGUUUGCCCUGUGGCCCAUGUUACAGAAGAAACUGAAGGCGUGUACUCCCCGCAGCUACGUGGGGGUCACGCUGCUCUUUGCGUGCUCGGCUUUGGGGGGCCUGCUGUCCAUCAGCGUGGUGGGAGCCACCCUCUUCGCGCUUCUGCUGGUGUCCAUCUCCUGCCUCUGCCCUUUCUACCUCAUUCGCCUGCAGCUUUUGAAAGAAAACAUUCAUGGGCCUUGGGAUGAGGCCGAGAUCAAAGAAGACUUGUCCAGGUUCCUCAGCUAAGUCAGGGGCCGCGACUGCACUACUUGGGCAAGCUGGUAGACCCGCCUCCCAGCUGGGGUCCGAGACCCGUCCUGGGAGCAGCAGCAGGUGUGGGUGGGAGAACAGAGGUCAAAGAGGUGAACCAAAGGCUCGCGGGGGCGAGGGUGCUGAUCCUUUCGUUUGGUGGGUGAAGCAGCUUUCUGGGGCUCUGAGGGAUGAAUGCACCCAUGUAUCACUCACCGGAACAGAUGAAGUGAUGUCUUCCUAUUUAUUAAAAACUAACAAUAUAUCCAGCAAAUUGCAUCUUGAUUUUUCUGUAAGCAGAAGGCAGAAGGGGCCUGAAGAGUGAAGAGAUAAUAAAAGUGCGUGUGCGUGCGUGCGUGCGAAUAAAGUCACUGCUCUAACCCUCUCAAGGGACUAAUCAGGGUCCAGUCCUAGGACCCUCGAUGCUACGUUCAGUUUUGUUGCCUAAUCUACAGAAUUGGUUGCUUAACCUUGACUCAGAGUUUCUACUUAAUUCUUAGUGAAACACGUAUGUGCCGUAUUACACGGCAAAAUGCUGGGGGAAUGAAAGAGGCUGGAGGUUAAUAUCUUCCCCGUGUUACCCCAAUUUACUGGGCAUGCAUCUGUCUCCCAUGUGUCGGAUCGCCGUGGAGAGCAACGUCGUAGCUCCCUGGUGGUGCCGCGCAAAUGAGAUGCCUGAAACUCUGGGCCGCCCCUUGCUCCUUUCCUGUGGUUGAUAACUAGCCAGCCGCAGUCGUACAGGACGAGAGGCAAGGCUAAGGAACGGGAAAUCACGAUCCUACUCCCCUACUUGGGGUGGAGGAGGGGACACUCCAGGCUUGACAGAGAUUGAGAAUGUCAUGUCUGAGGAAACAGAAUUUUGCCAA